AUGAGAGAGGAAAAGCACAUCGAUCACCGUCAUAUGACGGGUGAUAUCAGAGGAGCCACGCAUCCCACCUCCAAUCUUGAAUUCACAAAUGCCAAAGAAUCAUUCCGUGUCAGUAUCCACAACGGUGGAAAGAACGAUCUGAAGCUCAUAUUGAAGGGAAUUGCAGAUGGGAGGCAUGGAUUAGCGAAGGGAUGUGCAGUUUUUAAUUUCACCAAUAAGAGGAUGCACUUCACAACCAGACACAAGAGUAUCAUCGUCAUGGCGAGCGAUAACAAGAAUGACGGACGGCACCCCUUGAAGAUCAAAGGGGACAACGAAGAAUACCCGGGCAUCAAGGCUGCGAAACCCCACAAGAAUCUGAGUAACAUCGAGGUUGAGUCCAUUGCACCCCUCAGGAGUCUCGAAGAUCAACGCCAUUACAAACCCAGGCCUAUCACGGCAUUCUACGUCUUCUGAAUCGGGAUCAGAACUGCAAUCCACAGAAGACCACACGAGAGGUGCAUGGAAAAGGUCUUGGCUGGCAGAGAGCACUCAACAGCAGCAGAAGAAAAUGAAAACGCCACCAGGUGAAGCAAUUCUGAACCCAGCAAUGCUGCCUAAGUGUUAUUUUGGU